AUGGGCAAAGAUAUCGAAGGGUUGGUGAAGAGUUGCAGGCACUGCAUCCAACACGCCGCAAAUCCGCGCAAGAUACCGCUGCAGCCCUGGCCCGAUCCAAAAAGUCCGUGGACUCGAAUUCAUUUGGAUUACGCCGAACCUCAGAGAGGAAAAAUUUUCCUGGUCAUCGUUGACAGCUUCUCCAAAUAUCUCGAUGCGGCGUGGAUGACUCAGGCCACUAGUCAGACUCUGAUUGCCUACAUGAGAGUCGUGUUCCGACAUUUCGGCCCACCACAAACGAUUGUUGUUUCGGACAACGGCUCGCAAUUCGUUUCAGCCAAUACGUGA